AUGGACAAGGAAACCUUCUGUCGAGAGCUUUAUGCAUCAAGUGAAGAUGAUCAGGAUGAUGAUGAUGACAUCCUAUCUACUUUGCAAGACUGCCGCCGAAGGACGGGUGGCAACAGCAUCUCAGCUCAAGAUGAGCCCUCAAUGAAAGCAGUGCAUCAAAAAUCACCUAAGAAUGAGGCUAAGGGGACACAGGGGGCCGAUCAUCUAGUAACGGGUAAGCCAAAUAAGAAACCAAAGUUGGCUAAGCGUGAUAAGGGGAAGAGGACCAAGGAAUCUUCCCGUAUUGUUAAGAAUCACCCUCCAGUUCUCAAAGGCCUCGUGUUCUGUAAGCUAUUGAAUGAAUUUGCGACUUCAUCCCUCUGUACUGUUAGACGAAUUCGCAUUUCUAGGGUGCUUGAAUUUGGUGCAACCCGAGCGAUGAAGUUUGAUGAUUCCGUCACACACAUUGUCGUAGAGAAGCGGCUUAACUACGAGGAUGUGAUCAAGUAUCUCCAGGUCCCUUCUGUUCCAACGGAUGUUAUUCUGGUCAACGAGAACUAUCCUUCAGAAUGUAUAAUGAAUCGCAGGAUAUUGGAUGCGUCGAGUCCUCGUUUUCAAAUUAAAGGUACCCCGAGCCUGACGCUGCAAAAUUCACCCAUUAAGGACCAGCGGCAUGAUUUCACUCCACUAGACAUCCAUCAUGAUAAUAAAAAGCUUGAUGGCGGGCUUAUUGAAGAAGAGCGUCUAGAACCUCUAGAACCACUUCAUAUUACUCCGGCGAACAAUGCCUGUGAUACAGGCUGUAAUAAUGACAUGCAAGACCCUGGCCCAGACCACCUGGAUAUGGCAAUUAGGCAUGUAAAAGAAAUUACCGCCCUCCCUCUGGAUUCCUCUGAUGAAGAAGACGGUGGAGUAGUUCCUGAAGAAUUAGGAUCUAGCGCCACAAAUGCUUGUCCAGCAUGGCAGAAAUCAUUUAGUUGUAUGGGUAAGAUGGAUGAGAAAGAUCACGCGGAUAAUCCAAAUUCUCGAACUAUCGAGGUUCUGCAACAGAUGCUAAACUACUACGAACGAACUGCCGACCAGUGGCGUUGUCUUGCAUAUAGGCGGGCAAUUUCUGCUUUACGCAGGGAGAAGGAUAAGGUAGUCACGAAAAGCCAGGCCUUGAAAAUACGGGGAAUAGGAGAACGCCUGGCAGUCAAAAUCGAGGAAAUUGUAUGGACCAACCGACUUCGGCGACUGGAGCAGGCGAACAUGGAGCCAAACGACGCCUUGCUUUCCCAGUUUCUUAAAAUAUAUGGGGUUGGAUAUCAACAAGCUUCUAAGUGGAUUGCACAGGGGUACAAAUCCUUGGAUGAGUUGAAGGGCGGAGCUCACCUAACUACUAACCAAAAAAUUGGGAUUGAGCGGUACGAUGACUUUCAAAAACGAAUACCUCGAGAGGAAGUAGAGGCACACGGUGCUAUCGUACGAGAGACGGUUUUGGCCGUUGACAGUUCGUACACUGUAAUUAUCGGGGGCUCCUACAGACGGGGAGCUGCCGAUAGUGGAGACAUUGACUUGAUCUUAACAAAAGAAGGCGUUUCCCUGCAGGAGAUAAACAGUCAGAUUACGACCACUGUUGUUCCACAACUAUUUAAACGUGGAUUUUUAAAGGCAAGUCUUGCAGUGUCCUCGCGCAUGGAUGGGUCAAAAUGGCAUGGUGCGUCGGCGCUCCCUGGAAACCCUGUAUGGCGACGGAUAGACCUCCUGUUUGUUCCCGGAGACGAACUCGGUGCUGCACUGAUAUACUUUACGGGCAAUGACAUAUUUAACCGAAGUCUACGGUUGCUGGCAGGUAAGAAGGGUAUGUGCCUUAACCAGAGGGGCCUGUUCUGCGACGUUAUUCGAGGACCUGGAAGGGUGAAGCUGAAUGCUGGUCACCUUCUCGAAAGCCGAGACGAGAAGCGGAUCUUUGAGCUGCUUGCUGUGCCAUGGCGGCCACCAGAGCAUCGAGUUUGUUAA